AUGGCUGGAGAUUUGGUCCUCAUGACUGGAGCCACAGGCUUCUUGGGCUACCUUACCAUCAUCGAUUUGCUCAAGCACGGAUAUCGCGUUCGUGCUGCGGUCCGUUCUAUGACCAAGGCGGAAGGAAUUCUCUCUGCACCAACCCUAAAGAGCCUCUCUCUAACUCCAGAACAGCUCUCAUUUGUGUCUGUGCCAGACAUGAGCACUCCUGGCGCUUUUGACGACGCUAUUCAGGGGGUCAAGUACGUGAUCCACCUCGCUGCGCCGAUUCCCAGCUGGGGAGAAGGUGAACAAACCUCCGCUGUUCUGGAAAAGCAAUUCGUUUCGGCAUGUGAGAGAGGCGCCAUUGAGAUCCUCGAGGCUGCGGCAACAAGAUCUCAGGGAACUGUGAAGCGGGUCGUAAUGACUAGCACCACUGGCGCUAUCCUUACACUUCCGGUUGUCUCUGGCCAGGAACGUGAUCUUCAACGAGUCUGGACUCCAAACGACCGAAAUGCACCUCCGCCACCACCUUAUAGCUCAGAAGUUGAGGCUUAUCUUGCUGCGAAGAAGACCGCACUCUUUGCAUCAGAAGCUUUUAUUCGGGACCAGAAACCGCUUUUUGACCUUAUCACCAUCGUCCCACCAUGGAUAUGGGCCCGUGACGAGCUAUUGACUGACAAGGAGACCAUGCUCCGCAGUGGAAGUAAUGGGGUUCUUCUGAGCCUAGUAACAGGGAAACAGUUCGACUUCGAGAUGAUUGGAAAUGCUGCGCAUGGAGAAGACGUUGCACGUGCCCAUGUCGCGGCCUUGGACGUUCAUGUGCCUGGUAACAAGGCGUACGUAAUUAAUCAGGAAAUAGUUUGGAACGAUGCUGUUACCAUCGCGGAGAAACUUUAUCCAGAGGCCUUCAAAGACGGAAGACUGAAAGCGGGAAAUUGUCCAAGUUUCGUCAUUAAAUGGGACAUAAGCACAACAGAGAAUGAGCUUGGGAUUAAACCCCGGCCACUUGAAACGAUGGUAGAUAGUGUUGUUGGACAGUACUUAGAGCUACUGGAGAAAGAAGCGACCUGA